CUUUGACGUUUCGAAAAGCAGGAGCUCCGCUCACGAAGCCCGUUCCCGCACAGACCAGCCCGAGCAGUCGUGCGACCGGAUCGCGCCUGGUGCGCAGGGUCGUUACCGGCCGCGCCUCGGGGAGAGGCGAGCGCGGAGGGCGGCCGGCGCAGAGAGCACGGUGCCAGCCGGCAGCGAAAUGGGCCCGCAAGCCGACGGUAUACCGCCGAAGCCUGCUGUGGAACCAGAGAGCGCCUGCGCACAGGUUGAGAAGCCACCAUCCCCGAAAUCCAUAGGACAUUUAUUGCGCCGCUGGAAGUGCCCAGGCCAACUUCCCCGGCAUGGACCUGACAGCGUCCACAGCUGGACCGUGGCAGGUUGCUGUGCCAUGGCAUGUUUCUGCUCUAUGGCUGGGAGGCGUUCGUCUGGAUUUCUGCUUGUGGCCUUCCUGGACACCUUCCAAGUGAACAGGAGUGAGGCAUCAUGGCCCGUCAUGCUUCUCAGCGCCCUUCUCUGUCUGUCGGGGCUUGUUGGAGGACCCCUGGCCCACAGAUUCACCGCACGGCCAGUCUUGAUUGCGGGAUCGGCACUGUCGAGCAUCGGCGCAAUGCUGAGCUUUUUCGCCACGAACAUCGACAUCAUGAAAAUAACAAUUGGCGUCAUACACGCUAUCGGAGCGGGCAUGGUGUUCGUCGCCUCUCCGACCAUCAUCAGCGAGCACUUCGUCAAGCACAAGGGCCUGGCCACAGGCGUGUACUUCUUGGGCGCCACCGUGGCCGCGUUCGUCUUCCCGAAGCUGCUCGAGUACCUGUACGACCAGUACGGCCUGCACGGCACCCUCUUGAUCUUCGGGGGAGUGCUGAUGAACGGACUCGCCUUCAGCCUGUUCCCUCGCACCCCGGAGUGGUCCGCUGGCGCCGAGCGAUCGGCCUCCUCCGCGGAGAACGACAAGCACGGAACGUGGCGUCACGGGAUGAGCGUCUUCCGGUCGCCCAUUCUGUACCUCUUCAUGUACAGCUUCAUCGUUCAGAGCUUCGGCUACGAGUGCUACAUUGCGCUUUUCAUCGACUUCGCCGUGGACCGAGGCGCUACCCUUUCCACAGCCGUGACGGUGUACGCCAUGGGAGCGAUCCCGGAGGCCUUCGCGCGGCUCCUGCUUCCAGCCGCAGUGGACCGCGGGCUGCUCUCCAACAAGGCUCUCAUGGUGAUCGUCUUCGCCGGCCAGGGUUUAAUACUUCUCGUGCUGCCCUUCUUGUACAUGCACGGGCUCAUCUUCGCCGCUUCUGUGGGCACAGCCUGCACAAUUGGCGCUGGCAUGAUCGUGAUUCCCGUUACGGUAGCCUGCUACUUUGGAGUGGAACGGAUGUCAAUGUCGUACGGUAUCAUCGUCGCUUCAGCGGGGAUGUUCUCAUUUGGCAAGCCGACAGUCAUAGGCUACUUCAGGGACAGCAGAGGUGCCUACGACAUUCUCUUCCUCAUCUGUGGAUCCCUUACAGUGGCGGCUGCUCUUAUGUGGAGCCUUGUUUUCUUGCUAGAAGCAAGACAAGAAAGAAAGAAGGCGUCCCAGCAGUGUGCGUCAGCCGGAGUAGAAAUCACACAUAUGUGAAGCUCAAUUAAUGUCAUUCUAUUAACGCCCCGCCAAGGAUACUCCAGCGUAGUGUGGCGGUGACAUCACCACCAUCACCAUCACCACCAAAUACCAUUACCACAAUUUUCCUCUCAAAGCCUAAACAUAGAAAACUAAACUACGCCCUAAGGAAUAUGUUUUUACAGUUUCCAAAAACAGAUCGUUUUCUGUUGCGAGUUUCUACAUGAAUAUAGCUCUGCAAAAUCAGCUGCCAUAGAAAAGGUAAAAGUACGACUGCCGAUAGAACUGAACGUCUUACAUGAGAAUUGUGAUGGCCACGUAACGCUUUCGUUCAUUGUCUCUUACCGAGCAACGGGAACACACCCAACCCUGCUGUAAAGGAUGGUGACGUGAGGUAGGAAGGUUCAGGGGCCCCCACACGCGAAAACAUUUGCCACGUGAGGUCCCGCUGGAAACGGCUGGAAUGAUGUGUGGUCUUCGGGCCUUUAGUGUCUGCAUGGGCGCUGCACCUCCUUCUGGUCACGUCAACGGGCGCGAUGUGUACAGGCAGUCGUACUGUUAACACUAAUCAGUGUUAUGUGCCCCUGCAUUCCGCGCUGUCCAGCACGUGUUGCCACUUCCUCAUACGAAGCGAGGGGCCACAUUUCGGGCAGGGGUCGUGCCCAUUCUUUCUUUUUCGGUCAAUGUUCUAGACAAUGAGAGCAGAGUAAUGGCCAUGUACAUACCUGGUCCCACUUUACACAAUCAGGUCGCCGGCCUGUUGUGAUUCUUGUGAGGUGGUUUUGGGAGAGAAAACAACGUUUAAGACGGAGCUUCUGACCCCUUACAAGUAUUCUGGACGUAGGAGCACAGCUCUGCACCAUUGGCUAUUCAAAAUUUAAUGUGUCAGUUCCAAAGCAAAUGAGUGCCUGUAAAUACUUUGUAUAUAACGCCUGGUUUAUUUCUUUGUAUAAGUGUGUGUGGCGUCCCAUCUCUCAUGAUGGUAAGAAGCAACGAAGGCAGCGGUAGCAAGUGAAGACAACACCCGUUUCGGCGUGAAUUAAGCUGGGUAUGUCGGCUUGCCAGGGGUGAAGAAACUUUAGUCACGCUGCCGAUCUCGCGCGCGUGCACUCUUACCUCGCUAUAAACGAUAGCUCGUGUCACCGUGUAAUGUCUUUCAAUGUGCUUGCUCCUCUAAUUAUGCUCUGGCGCUGCAGUGACUGAACCUCUUAAUCGCCAUGAGCGCAAGGUUCCUUUAGGCGCACUGUGCAUACGUUAGCCUGUAUGCUUGUCUAUACGUAGAUAUAGACAAGCAUACGGUUGUCUGUAUGCUUGUCUAUGCGUAGAUAUAGACUAUGUGUAGAGUUAGGCCUUGCUGCUAUCUGUUAGUCAAAAGCGUUUGUAAAACACAUCGUUCAGACGGAAACAAAUUAAGCAGGUAUUCACUUUCAAUGGAACUGAUGAACUUGCACUUAAAACAGCUUCUGCACACACCCCACGUCGCACGGCUCGCAAGCAGCGCUGAUAUCUGACACGGGGUCGGUGUAUACAAUUGCGCGGGUCUUAUAACCAGCUAUCGUCCCGACACGUGGCCUCGACGAAGGAACUGCAAGUGUUAUAACACAAGGGUAACACAGUCGACAUACAUCGAAAUGUAUCCGGCCAAAAGCUAGUGGAAGAGACCCCGAGGUCAUAGGUUGCUGAGUUGAUGUAAUGUCGUUAUUUUCCUAUUUUUUUGGCAAAGUUUGUGCCAUUCACUUUCCCACAUUUUUUUUGCGCUUCAUGCUGUAGAAUAUUUUCCUGUUUUUUACUUCCGUUCGCGAUUGCAGUACUUACACAAUUGUUAAAGUGUAUACUUUGUAGUUGUAGUAUUGCAGUACGUAUUCUAGGUGCAUAUCUGCCAAUUCUCCCGAAUUUUUCGUCAAGGUCACUCAACUGAAGCUGCUUGUACGAUUUUACGAAUGCUGCGUGAACUAGUAUGAAAACUAACUUUGUUUCGCCUAAAAGCUUUAUAGGUGUUGAGAGAACGUGGCGGAACAAAAUUGUAAAAGAUCUACGCGGAAAAUAUACUCUAAUGGUACCUGCGUCGAGUUCCAUUCACAGACGUUCCUGCAGGCCAAAUUGUCAGCACCAGCAGCAGAGUUGCUGACAAAACCAUCGAUCAGUAAAAAAUUUGAGCAUCUGCUGUUGCAAGUUUGCUGUUGCUUGGCGCUGGUUCUUAAGGUAAAUGAACGUUGAUCAAGUAUGUGUGCAUUCUAUAAAAUGAGGCGUGAGCUCAGAGCAAAUUUAAAUGAGUGUUACACAUUAAAUCGUACUCACCUAAUGUACCGGCGACGCCUUGACCAAUGGAAGCGGGUGUGCUGCAGUUAAAGUGAGUGUGUACAUAUAUGUAUACAAAAAAGAUGUGUAGCAAUAUGAAUAUGUUUAUAGAAAUAAAGAUAGAACGUUGGGCAAUAUAAUAAGCGUUCUAAACUUGUUCAUAUCAGAAUGACUCGUUACUUCCAUCAUUAUGUUCAUCACAAUAAUCAUGAUAAUAAUUAUCAGAACACAAAACUUGUAUCACCAAUUACACACCCUUAAUAAGAUACAUUUGUAACUGCAGCAGUGUUGCAAAUCUUGUACGGUACGAAGGAUAGAUGUGCCGUAUAUUUUUCUAGAGUGUUCUCAUGCGAGAACUAUACCAAGUCAGUAGUAAGUCAUGGGGUUUUUUGUCCUUUCUGCGUUGCUGCCUUUGUAUGCCGAAGCAACAUGUGCAUAAACACU